ACAGAAGACGAAAUAAGAGCUGUUAUUUGGGAUUGUGAAAGUUCUAAAGCACCAGGACCAGAUUGCCUUAACUUUGGUUUCUGGAAGAGAAUGUGGGAGACUUUGAAAGAGGAUGUAAUGGGGUAUUUCUCAGAAUUCCACAACGCAGGGAGAAUUGUGAAAGGAGCUAACGCCUCGUUUUUGGCUUUGAUUCCUAAAGUCGACAACCCACAGAAGAUUGAAGAGUACAGACCCAUUUUGUUAAUAAACUUGAUGUACAAGAUGCUUUCUAAAGUUCUAGCAAACAGGUUAAAGACAGUGAUGGAUGAUUUAAUUGGUGAACAACAAUCAGCGUUUAUGGGAGGCAGACAACUAGUUGAUUGCGUGAUGGUGGCAAAUGAAGUGUUGGAUGAGGCAAGAAGGAAAAAGAUAAAAGGCUUUUGCUUUAAAGUGGACUUUGAGAAGGCAUAUGAUAGAGUCAGUUGGGCUUUUCUGGACUACAUGCUGAGGAGAAUGGGCUUUAACCAUGUGUGGUGUCAGUGGAUGAAAGAGUGCAUGCAGUCAGCGAGUAUAUCAAUAUUGGUGAACGGAGGCACGACAAAGCAAUUUUCACCCUCAAGAGGACUGAGGCAAGGAGAUCCCCUAUCCCCAUUUUUAUUCUUGCUAAUUGUCGAAGGCCUAAAUGGCCUCAUUUCAUCAGCUAAGGAGAAGGGGUUGCUAAAAGGAUGGAAGAUUGGCAAUGGAGGAAUCAAAAUCACUCACCUCCAAUUUGCCGAUGAUAUGAUCAUGUUUGGGAGGGUAGAGGAUAGUAAUGUAUGGGUAGUAAAGUGCAUAAUGAGAGUGUUUGAACUUAUUUUCGGAUUGAAAAUAAAUUUUGACAAAAGCCUACUGUAUGCAUUGAAUGUGGAAGAGGAAUGGGUGGAGAAAACAGCUUGGAGUCUUAACUGUAGAAGAGGUCCUUUACCAUUUAAAUACCUUGAGAUUCCAAUUGGGGGUAAUCACCGAAGACUCACAUUUUGGAGGCCAUUGAUUCAGGGUUUUAAGAACAAAUUGGUAUCUUGGAAAGGCAAACUACUGUCCUUUGGUGGAAGAGUCACUCUUGUUAACUCUGUGCUGUCCAGCCUAUCAGUGUUCUUUGUGUCUUUCUUUUUGGUUCCAAAAGGAGUGAUUAAUGAACUUGAAAAAAUACGGAGGGAUUUUCUUUGGGGAAAAAAGGAGGGAAAGGGAGGAAUUAGUUGGGUUAAGUGGGAUAGUGUAUACAAACCUAAGGAAGAAGGUGGAUUAGGAGUUAGGGACCUCAGAACUUUCAAUAUAGCUCUAUUAGGAAAGUGGUGGGGUAGGAUGGCAGGAAAGGAAAGGGGCCUAUGGAAAAGAGUGCUGAAUACAAAAUACGAGGUUGAAGAAGGAAGGUGGUUGGAAUGGUUGAGCGGAAAAGAUAACAAAAUCCAGCAGAUGGGGGAGUGGCAUAACAACAUGUGGCAAUGGAUGUUGACGUGGAGACAAAGAUGCAUGUUGUUGGAGGCAUACCAAGGAGGGAAUUUACACAGCAAAGUUGGGAUACUUGUUGCUAAGAGACCAACAAUGAGGGGAUGAUACAAAAUUAUUCAGAAAAGUGUGGAACAAAAUACAUUCCAAACAAGGUAUGUGCUUUUGAUUGGAUGAUACUACUGAACAGAAUACCAACUAAAACAAACUUGCAGACAAGGGGCAUUUUAAAGGAUGAUACAACAACCUUGUGUGGCUUCUGCGGGGCGGCACUGGAAGAUACCAACCACUUGUUCUUGGAAUGCCCCUUUGUAGUAAAAUUGUGGUGGAAAUGUUAAGAAUGGUGGGGACUGAGCUGCGUGAGUUAUAAUGAGUGCAGGAAGGCUUUUG